AUGGCAGGGAACAGCAGCAGCAGCAGCAACAGUUGCUGUACGAGUCCCACCGGCUUCGACAGCUACGGUGAACCGAUCGCGAGCUCCUCGAUGGACAUUCAGCUGCUGAACGAUGAGCAGGAGCAGGCCUUUUUGGGCGAUCUUUGUGACAGUGUCGGCGAGGCGACACCGUUGUCCACCUUCAGCUACAUCAGUGAGUACAUUUGCUCCAACAACAUCGACAUCUGGCCCGGUGAGGUGCCGAGUGCUGUGGUAGCAGCUGAUCGUGUGGAUCGCGAUCGUGCUGCUGGCCAAUCGGCGGCGGCUGGAUGCGUCCAUCAGCAGCUGUUUGUGCGGUGCAAGCGGAUGCUGGAGUUGAUCGUGGCCCGGAAUGAGCAAAUCAUUUCGAUUCUACGCCAGAAACCACGACCACCGAACGGUGUGCAUUAA